AUGGAAACGUACGAUUUUAGUCUGAACAAUGGUGCCAUUGAAUCUAUUUUAGAGAUUAGUGAAAGUGCUUUAGACAAUGAUGCUCCUGAAAUCAUCAUAAUGGGCGACCCCCAGUUUGAGCUUCCUUCUUACGAUGUCAUGAUGAACAGAACUGAUCAACAGUUUGGGAAUUCCAUAGAAAAUAAAAUGUGGGCACCUCAGAAUAGUGCCUUCAGCGCCUACAUAAAUGCUCAUUCAAACACCGCUGCAGAUUCUUUGGUAUCCUCUCAGACUCUGCACAAAAGAUGUUUUAGAUUUCUGAGAGAAAUCGAUGAAGAUAGAAAGUUAGAGAUCCAGAGAUCACGCCUAACUGCCCCUGCUGAAGAGUUAAAUGCAAGAAGGAAGAAUCACCACUUGAUUGCAGAGCGUAAUAGGAGAGUGAAAUUGAACGAGCAUUUCCAGAACCUUUACUCUCUUCUUCCAAAAAAUUCCAAGAAAGAUAAGCAUUCAAUAUUAGCGAAUGCCACAAGCUAUUUGAGAGAACUAAAACUUAGGGUUUGUGAGCUGGAGCAACAAAGUGAAAGCGUCGAGGAAUCAAUUCCCAGGAGUUUCACAAAUAGUGGAGGAGGAAGUGGUGGGUUCGAAUCCCAAGACAAACCUUUCAAUUCAGAAAACCCAUUACUUUAUCGUAGCGACGAUGUGAUCUUGGAGCAAUGCGAGGAUUUCCCAGACCAAGUUAAAAUUAUGAUUAAUGUGCAGAGAAGAACUGUUUUAUGCCCAGCAAGUCUGUUGAUGAAGAUGAUAGAGAUGUUGAGUGCAGAGCAGUUGGAAAUCAUUUCACUUUCCCAUAUAAAGGGAUUUGGAUUUCACUCUAUUUUUAUCGUACUAACAAAGGAUGAAGACUGGGAUAUUUCCCACUGGCAAACGUUUGGGAGUUUAGUCAAUCGGACUGUCAGCUGA